AUGGACAAGGUCGAGGCCAUUGUGAAGUCCCUCGUCACCCGCAGCGUUAAACACCUGGCGGGCCGCCUCAACAAGCUCAACGCUCCACCUCCCGCCAUACAAGAACCACAUCGUUCUCUACCACAACACCCAGCAGCCAAAUACCACGAGGCCCUCGCCAGGUACCAGACAAGGCUCGCCCACAUCCAGCUAAGCAGGCGCUUCAAGAAGCCAGGACCCAACAGCGCCGCCAUAUACCAAAGCCGCAGCGACAUCCAGAGCCUCACCUACAAGGUGCUCAGCAUCAACCCCUCUUCCGCUAAUACCAAACCGAGGGCGUAUUAUCUGCAAAAGGCUGAUAUCAGCCGUUACCUCUAUACUAGCCGCAUCUUAAACAUAGUCUCCAGCAACAGUCUUAAUUUCCUCCCCGCCCUCCCCCCCAGCAAGCUCGGCCUCACCUUGUCAGACUCACAGGACCUAGCUCGCCAGCUUAUCAGCCUCACAUCUGAGGAGGCCGAGGACGACAGAAGUAGCGCCGUCAAGCAGCUGGCCGCCUUCAGCCAGUUGUUCGCAAGAGUCAUCCAAGGCGAACAGGCAGAUCCCCUCUUCAGGCUCAACGUCAAGUCCAUCACCCACCUCGCAUCAAUAGCAGAGGCGCCCCAGCCGCCAAGACCUCCUAUAUCUGGCCCUGAGCGUAUCGCCACGCACGCAUAG